AUGCGCCUGAAGGAGGAUGCCGAGUCUGGUCGGAUCGUCGGUGGAUCCUCGACAUCUCAAACCUCCCAGGCCGUGCAGAACCUCAUGCCGUCCCUGAUGAUCCCCAGGACCCUGGAAAUGCGGCCAAAUGGGCAGGCCAGGGCAGCUGCUGUCGCUGGUGCAGAGCCCGUCGGCUGCCCCAGAGACUUUCCUGCGCUUGGUGCCCUCCAGGCCUCCCAGCCUCUAGCUGCGUUUCAAAACAUUCCCAGAUUCCCUUUAUGA